CGCCGCCGGUACCGGGGAUCCCUACGGGGCUCCCGCCGCCUCUUCCAGAGCCUCUCCGGUACCACCGGGACCUCCCCGGGAUUUACCGGGAGCGGCAGCAUCGCUUUAAUGCGGAGCUGAGGCCUCGGCAAACCUCUGAGGCCUGCGCGGAGCUCUGAGGGCGCAAGCGCGGCGCGGGCGCCCCCUAGCGGGAAAGAAUGGCGCGCAUGCGCAGAGCCCGCCACGUGGUUGGUGGUGGGGGGCGCUGGAAAUUUGGGAAUUUUGGGAAAAUUUGGGCGUUUUCGGGGAAAUUUGGGAUUAAAGAAUAUGGCGAUGUGGCCCCGCAGCAGUCGCCAUGCCCGUGGCCAGGAGCUGGGUGUGUCGCAAGACCUACGUGACCCCGCGGCGCCCCUUCGAGAAGUCGCGGCUCGACCAGGAGCUGAAACUGAUCGGCAACGCGCUGCUGCGGCGCCUGGUGCGCAUCGGCGUGCUGGACGAGGGCAAGAUGAAGCUGGAUUACAUCCUGGGGCUGAAGAUCGAGGAUUUCCUGGAGCGCCGCCUGCAGACCCAGGUCUUCAAGCUGGGCCUGGCCAAGUCCAUCCACCACGCGCGCGUGCUCAUCCGCCAGCGCCACAUCCGGGUGAGGAAGCAGGUGGUGAACAUCCCCUCGUUCAUCGUGCGCCUGGACUCGCAGAAGCACAUCGACUUCUCGCUGCGCUCGCCCUACGGCGGCGGCCGGCCCGGCCGCGUCAAGAGGAAGAACGCCAAGAAGGGCCAGGGCGGCGCCGGCGGCGCCGAGGACGAGGAGGAGGAUUGAGGAGAAAU